GUCUCUCCGGCCAUGGCGGCGCCACCGCUCCUCCUCCUCCUCUGCCUACUCGCAGCCAUCUGCAUUUCACGCGCCACCACCACCACCACAGAUGCAUCCAAAUCUAAAUACCGCCCAACGAACUCCACCAAAAAAAUGAUGAACGCCAUCGACUCAUGCUGGCGGUUCGACCCCAACUGGGCCUCAUCCCGCAAGGCUUUAGCCGACUGCGCCCUCGGCUUUGGCAGCGACGCCGGAGGCGGCAAGGCCGGAGCCAUUUACGUCGUCACCGACCCAUCCGACGACGCCGAGUCCCCAAAACAGGGCACUCUGAGGUACGCCGCGAUCCAGGAUGAUCCCUUGUGGAUCAUUUUCGACAGGGACAUGGUGAUCAAGCUGGAAAACGAGCUGAUUAUGAAUAGCUACAAGACGAUCGACGGCAGAGGGGCUCGAGUCGAGAUUUCCGGCGGGCCGUGUAUUACGAUCGAGGGCGUGACCAAUGUGAUCGUGCACGGGAUCAGCCUUCAUGACUGCAAGCCCGGGAAGCCCGGCCUGGUGCGGAGCACGCCGAGCCAUCUCGGCCACAGGCUCGGCAGCGACGGCGAUGGGAUCGCCGUUUUCGCAUCGUCGCACGUCUGGAUCGACCAUUGCUACUUGGCGCGGUGCGCCGAUGGCCUCACCGAUGUUACUCACGCUUCGAGCUUUGUUACGAUUUCAAAUAAUUACUUCACUCAGCAUGACAAAGUGAUGCUGUUGGGGCACAGGGACGGAUUUACAGCGGACAGGGGGAUGAAAGUGACAGUGGUUUUCAACCACUUCGGCCCUGGAUUAGUACAAAGAAUGCCGAGAGUUAGAUACGGGUACGCACACGUGGCGAACAACCGAUACGAGGAAUGGCUAAUGUACGCCAUCGGCGGCAGCGCCGACCCGACCAUUCUCAGCGAGGGAAAUUACUUCGUAGCCUCAAACGACGGUUACGCCAAGCAGGUGACGAAGAGGGAGACAGAGGAUGCGUGGAAGGCCUGGAAGUGGAGGUCGAGCAAGGACGUGUUUCUGAACGGAGCUUAUUUCGUGCCAUCGGGCAUGGGGAGCAUUGCGCCAGACUAUGCCAAGUCCCAGUAUUUUGCAGCGGCACCAGGGAGCUUGGUCCCGGCCCUCACGGCGGACGCUGGUCCGCUGCUUUGUUCGCCGGGGAAACGGUGCUGAUGCUGAUGCUUACACAGUUUCGGGUUUUCUAAGGUUCGGUUAAUUUUGUGUGUCUUGUCCGAAGAGUUGCUGCUUUUGUAAUUAGAUUCGUUGUGGGAUGUAAAAUCCCCACUCACUCUUUGUUUGCUCUCUUAAUUUUGGAAUUGGGUGGUGGUGGUGGUGAUUUGAAUUUGUGUUUCAUUUAUUUCCAGAUGUAACUUUGGUCUGGUUUUUUACAAGUCAGUGUAGCGUUGUUCGUGUGAAGCGGAAAUGAAUGUUUUAGUAAAACAAGUGCUACUUUGAAUGUGGGA